AAUUCAAAGAGCUAAUUAAAUCUAAUAAACUCUUUUAUGAAAAAUAUGACGGAACCGCAAAGAGACCAAAUAAAUUAAUAUUUCAUUGGGCUCCUAAUGUAGAAGAAUUACUUGGAAAGCUGUUGCAUAUAUCUUCAAAAUGGUAUGUACCAUUCAAUGAAUAUUUAUACAAGAGACACAAGAAACAAAUAUACAAAUGGUCAAUGCAUAAUGACGUUAGUGCCAAAGAACAUCAGUUAAAAUCUCAACUUCUCAAAAAUUUAUCAACAUAUCUUCCAGGAUUCAAAUAUCUUUAUACUUUUGAAUGGAAUUAUGUUCUUAACAAACCACAUUAUGGUCAAGGUGAUUUUAUAUUUGCUUCAGAUUUUGGUAUAUUUUGUGUAGUAGAAGUUAAACAUUUGAGAACAAUUACGGGAUCUUCAGCUCGAAAAGCCAGGAAUAUGGCCAGAAAGAUUGUUGGAUUACAGGCAUUAAAAUAUAAAAUGUUGGCUUUAAAAAAAUAUGAAAACCAACAAUUAACAGUUGUUAGUGCUAUUUUUAUUAAUGGAUUGAGUUGGCAUAAGAAUAAGGAUGAUGUUUAUCUUAUAUUUGUUAAUGAGAUUGAUAAAAAAAUUGCACAGGUUAUUGGAAGAAAAUAUAAAAAAGAAUUAAAAAAAUUAAAAACAG